AUGGCAGAUAAAAAGCCGCUAGGACGUCAAAAGAUCCCUAUGGCCAAAAUAGAAAACAAAGAUGCCCGAUACGCAACAUUUUCAAAGCGUCGGGAAGGUUUGUAUAAAACAGCUAGCAAAUUGAUUGGACAAUAUGAUCUUGAUAUAGGAAUAAUAAUCUCCUCUCCCACCAGUAAGCCUUACUCUUUUUUUCACCCUACGGUUGAUGCUGUUAUUGAUCGCUAUUUAAAUCCAAAUACGUUGCCAAGUGAAAGUAAUCGCCUUGCUGCUGAAAACUCUCGGAACAAAGUGAAGGAACUAAUAGUUAAACUUGACGAAUAUGACAUCACAGAAAAUGAUGAGACUGACGAGAAGAUUUGGCUCAAGUCCAUUGACGAGAGUUUGAGAAAUCGUUUGAUGCAGUUGGAAAAGGGUGCUUCUACCUCUGCACAAUCCCCUCCAUAUGAUGCUAAUUAA